AUGGAUGGCGGAAUUUGUCUGAGGGGCUCCUUGCGAGGGUCGCCCGUCGUCAAUACCGUACUGAUCGCAAUAGGAACCGCCUUGGCAAGUUGGAUGGGAACAACGGGGGCGGCAAUGUUGCUGAUUCGUCCGAUACUCCGGGCUAAUCAAUGGCGUACGCAUCGUAUUCACGUCGUCGUCUUUUUCAUAUUUCUCGUAGCCAAUAUCGGUGGUUCAUUGACACCAUUGGGUGACCCCCCGCUGUUUCUCGGAUUCCUUAAAGGAAUUGACUUUUUCUGGACAAUGGCACUAUUCCCCGUGAUGUUGCCGGUGGUGAUUUUGCUGCUGAUCGUCUUCUUCAUCUUCGACACGGUCAUGUUCAGGAAAGAAGGCACGCCGCCGGAUGAUGGAGAAAAAGAGCCACUCCGCCUCCAAGGUAUUUGGAAUUUUUUGCUUAUCGUCGGUAUCAUCGGUGCGAUCCUGUGGUCAAAAUCACUCGCUGAUGGUCCCUUCAAGGAUCAUUCAAUUGCGGAGAAAAUGGCACCGCAAAUCAAAACCGCAGAAGAAAAGAUGAACGCAACGAAGGAGAAACUCGAAACGUAUGUCAAGGGACAUGAAGAUGACACAACGAUAAAAUUUGACAAAUCCAAUCACGAAUACUAUGAAUUGCGGGGAAACCACCUCCACGCCGUUGCGGAAGUCAACAGUCUGCGUGCACAAAAGACACACGAUGAAAACCGUGGCAUCUCAAUCUUUGGCGUAACUGUGCCGUAUUUUAAUUUGAUGCGAGAUGGUUUGCUGCUCUUGAUUGCAAUCAUCAGCCUGUUGUACACACCAAUGUAUAAGACCGUGAAAGACGAGCAUGGACAUAAUUUUCCUGAACCGAGUCAGUUGGAUACAAAUGUCCGGGCGGCAAACGGUUUUACAUGGGAACCAAUCCUAGAGGUUGCCAAACUUUUUAUCGGCAUCUUUAUCUGCAUGAUUCCAGCUUUGAAAAUCUUGCAGGCGGGUAUUGAUGGAAGCCUCAGUACUAUUGUGCUCGCGGUUCAGACGACAACGAAUGAUCCGGUCAAUGCGAUGUAUUUCUGGUUGACAGGCGUGCUAUCAAGUUUCCUAGACAACGCACCGACUUACGUGGUUUUCUUUAACACAGCGGGUGGAGAUCCAACUUCGCUCAUGGGUCCAAUGGCGCAUACACUGUUGGCAAUCAGUUGUGGUGCAGUGUUUAUGGGAGCUAACACUUAUAUCGGCAACGCACCGAACUUUAUGGUCAAAGCGAUUGCUGAGGAAAAUGGAUUCGGAUUCAAAGUGGCACUUGUGCCGUUUCAUCAGUGGGCACCCGAUGUCUACGAAGGCGCACCCACUUCAAUCGCCGCAUUUAUCUCCGCCGGACCGAAAGCGGCGGGGUUUGCUGCGUUCCUGAGAAUCUUCAUGGACGCGCUACAGAACCUCCAAUCCGAAUGGAUUAUCCUUAUUACAAUCCUUGCCGCACUCACCAUGACCGUUGGCAACUUGGUUGCUAUCGCCCAGCGAAAUAUUAAGCGUAUGCUCGCUUAUUCAAGUAUUGCCCAUGCUGGAUACGUCUUGGUUGCGUUGGCAGCAGCAAACAAAGACGGAAUCUCCAGUGCGAUGUUUUACCUGUUCGUUUACUGUGUCAUGAACAUCGGGGCAUUCGGAGCAGUGAUUCUCGCAAGGACGGAAGAUGGCGAAAGCCUCAUGAUUUCCGAUUACGCCGGACUGGGAUUCAAAAAACCGCUGCUCGCUCUGUUCAUGACAAUAAUGUUGUUAUCCCUCGCUGGGUUUCCACCGACAGCGGGAUUUAUCGGUAAGUUCUACAUUUUCCGAUCUGCUGUCGAAUCUGGGCAGAUCUGGCUUGUGAUUAUUGGCGCGAUUAACACUGCGAUUUCUGCGUUCUAUUAUCUCCGUGUUGUUGUAGCGAUGUACAUGAGAGAGCCGGAAGUGGAACUCGACUUUCUCGCUUAUCCACGUCUGCUCAUCGUUGCGCUGACCCUCGCAGCGAUAGGUGUCGUCCUAAUUGGUAUUCUGCCAUCAUACUUCCUGAGUCCAGCCCAAAUUAGCACUUUUAGGUUCAAAACUAAAGGAGGAACUUUCAUGAUUUAUCUCGCAGUUUUAGCUUUCGGUGCAGCACUCGGUCUGCCGAUUGCAGUGAUUUUUGCAUCUACCGCGCAAGGAAAAGCGACGAGCACCGCCCUUGAAGGUAUUGCGCGUCAACCUGAGGCAGCUCCUCGAAUCCAGACGGCAAUGAUCAUCGGUUUGGCUCUUAUCGAAUCACUCGUGAUCUACUCGCUGCUAAUCUUUUUCCUACUUAUGGGGAAACUUCCAGAGGGACAGAUGCUUCAAAGUAUGAUUGAGGCUGAUGCUCAGAAACAGAUACAAUACUCUGACCUACAGAAAAGAACUAUAAUGAAAAAAUUAUCGUGGCUCUUCUUACUGAUUAUUAUCGUAACAUUAAUUGUUCCGACAAGUGGAUUUGCUGCAGAAGCGAGUUCCGAGGACAAGGGACUUUUAGCACAGAUUGGCAUCGAUUUCCAGACGAUUAUUCUCCAAGCCCUAGGCUUUCUUGUCGUGCUACUCGUGCUCUGGAAAUUCGUCUUUGGGCGAGUUGGCGGACUAUUAGAAGAACGGCAACAGGAAAUCACAUCGCGAAUGGAGAAACUAGAAGCAGACCAACGCGAACUGGACCGGUUGAAUGCCGAAACCCGUCAACGGCUCAACGAAAUUGAAACGGAAGGGCAGGCAAAGAUUCAAGCGGCUAUUGAUGAGGGCAACGCUGAACGGCAGCGGAUUCUUGAUCAAGCACGUCAGGAGGCGAGUGUUGAACUUGAACGGGCACGUACAGAGAUUCAACGCGAAAAGGACGAAGCCAUCCUCGAACUACGAGGCACUGUUGCAGAGAUUGCGAUUGAUGCUGCAAGCAAAAUCAUCGGUCAGACACUCGAUGCAGAGAAACAUCAGCACAUCAUUGAUGAAUCUAUCAGUCGCCUUCCUACACAGAAUGUCUAA